UUCGUGAACCAUGCCCUGGAGCUGCUGGUGAUCCGCAAUUAUGGUCCCGAGGUGUGGGAAGACAUCAAAAAAGAGGCACAGCUGGAUGAAGAAGGCCAGUUUCUUGUCAGAAUAAUAUAUGAUGAUUCCAAAACAUAUGACCUUGUGGCUGCGGCAAGCAAAGUCCUCAACCUCAAUGCUGGCGAAAUCCUGCAGAUGUUUGGGAAGAUGUUUUUCGUCUUUUGUCAAGAGUCUGGCUAUGACACCAUCUUGCGUGUCCUGGGAUCUAACGUCAGGGAAUUUUUGCAGAACCUGGAUGCCCUGCAUGACCACCUUGCUACCAUUUACCCAGGGAUGCGUGCCCCUUCCUUCAGGUGCACUGAUGCAGAAAAGGGCAAAGGGCUCAUUUUGCACUACUACUCAGAAAGAGAGGGGCUUCAGGACAUUGUUAUCGGGAUCAUCAAGACUGUUGCUCAACAGAUACAUGGCACCGAGAUAGACAUGAAGGUUAUACAGCAAAGAAAUGAAGAAUGUGAUCACACUCAAUUUUUAAUUGAAGAAAAAGAAUCAAAAGAAGAGGACUUCUAUGAAGAUCUGGACAGAUUUGAAGAAAAUGGUACCCAGGAAUCACGCAUCAGCCCAUAUACCUUCUGCAAAGCCUUUCCUUUCCACAUAAUAUUUGACCGGGAUCUAGUGGUCACUCAGUGUGGCAAUGCCAUCUACAGAGUGCUCCCGCAGCUCCAGCCUGGGAACUGCAGCCUUCUGUCUGUCUUCUCUCUGGUCCGCCCUCAUAUUGAUAUAAGUUUCCAUGGGAUUCUUUCACACAUCAAUACAGUCUUUGUACUGAGAAGCAAGGAAGGAUUGCUGGAUGUUGAGAAACUUGAAUGUGAGGAUGAACUGACUGGGACAGAGAUUAGCUGCUUACGUCUCAAGGGUCAGAUGAUCUACUUACCGGAAGCAGAUAGUAUUCUAUUUCUCUGUUCACCAAGUGUGAUGAACCUGGAUGACCUGACAAGAAGAGGCCUGUACUUGAGUGACAUCCCUCUUCAUGAUGCCACUCGAGACCUGGUUCUUUUGGGAGAACAGUUCCGGGAGGAGUACAAACUGACACAAGAGCUGGAAAUCCUCACGGAUAGGCUGCAGCUCACACUGAGAGCCCUGGAGGAUGAGAAGAAAAAGACAGACACAUUGCUGUAUUCUGUCCUCCCUCCAUCUGUUGCCAAUGAGCUGAGACACAAACGUCCAGUGCCUGCCAAAAGAUACGACAAUGUGACCAUCCUCUUCAGUGGCAUUGUGGGUUUUAAUGCUUUCUGUAGCAAGCAUGCAUCUGGAGAAGGGGCCAUGAAGAUUGUCAAUCUACUCAAUGACCUCUACACCAGAUUUGACACACUGACUGAUUCACGGAAAAACCCAUUUGUUUAUAAGGUGGAGACAGUUGGUGACAAGUAUAUGACCGUGAGUGGUUUACCAGAGCCUUGUAUCCACCAUGCACGGUCCAUAUGCCACCUGGCCUUGGACAUGAUGGAAAUUGCUGGUCAAGUUCAAGUAGAUGGAGAAUCUGUUCAGAUAACGAUCGGGAUCCACACUGGGGAGGUGGUGACAGGUGUCAUAGGACAGCGGAUGCCUCGGUAUUGUCUUUUUGGAAACACUGUCAACCUCACAAGCAGAACAGAAACCACAGGAGAAAAGGGAAAGAUCAAUGUUUCUGAAUAUACAUACAGGUGUCUCAUGUCUCCAGAAAAUUCAGAUCCACAGUUCCAUUUAGAGCACAGAGGCCCAGUGUCUAUGAAGGGCAAGAAAGAGCCAAUGCAAGUUUGGUUCCUGUCCAGAAAAAACACAGGCAUAGAGGAAACAAGCCAGGAUGAAAACUGA